AAUUCCUCUUACCUUUAACCUCACGUUGUAACGGUGGAACAUUAAGAACCUGCAAAUGCUUCAUAUCUUUGGAUCCCAAAACCAUCGAUUUGUCUCAACCAAGUCUUUUUCAUGUUUGCUAGAUGUUUUUCAAAUCACAGAUUCCGUUUGUGAAUUCAUUGUUCUUUUAUAGUUUGGAAAGGAUUUCGUUUUGUGCGAACUAGGGUUUCAUUUGGUUUAAUUCGAUACGGUGUUAUUCGAUUAGGUUUGAUUUCAUCUUUUGUGACAAACAAUUCGAUUCGAAUGCUCGGUUUUGUUUCAUUAGGCAAAGGCACUCCAAUUAGGCAGGUUUUGGGUAAGAGCAAGAUGAUAUUAGGGCUGCUAGAAGGAAUUCCCACAAUGUUGAAGGGUGAAGUUGCAGUGUUAAAAAUGAAGCCUGAAUUGCACUAUGGCGAGGAUGACUGUCCAGUUUCUGUUUCAGAUAGCUUUCCAAAGGAUGCUGAACUUAAUUUUGAGAUUGAGCUCAUCGAGUUUUCUAAAAUCAAGGAUGUAACUGAAGAUUUGGGAAUCUUGAAGAAGGUUAUAAAUGAGGCACAAAGUUGGGAAAAUCCAAGAGAUCUUUAUGAAGUAAAAGCCAGAGUUUUAGCCAAGGCGGGGGACGGACAACCACUUCAAUUACCUACGACUGGCGAACCAAUCAUGUUCACAUUUGGAAAAUCCGAGGUACCUAAAGGUCUUCAGAUGGGUAUCGGAACAAUGUCACGGGGAGAGAAAGCAGUGAUUUAUGUAACAAGUCAGUACUUAAGUCAAAGCCCUCCGAUACCUUUUGUAGAAGGUAUCGAAGAAGUUCACUUUGAAGUGGACCUUAUCCAUUUUAUUCAGGUACGGGAUGUACUAGGAGAUGGCCGUCUAAUAAAACGCCACAUACGAGACGGCAAAGGUAUCGACACUUUAAUGGUUGUUUGUUUUUUAAUCAUUAGAGGAAAAGGAAAGCCCAGCGAUCAAGCACCCCCGCCCCAAAAGCGGAGACCGGAGAACUGCCAGGUUGUUGAGGAAUAAAAAUAGGUAAAUUUAUUUGUUUUUUUUAUACAGAAAUAAAAAUAUUUGGUUUACACUUGAUGUGAUUUAGGUAUUCGGGUCGAAUCAGAGCUUAGAGAGAAUUAAAUCUUCAUAAAUAAAAGCUAAAGUUAUGUUUCUUGAUAUAUUUGGUUUACACUUGAUGUGAUUUAGUAUGUUUUUGUAGUAUCGUUCCCUUCCUUUCGUUCCUAAGGGAACGAUGAUAAGUUAGUAUUGAAAUAAUAUUCAAUAGGAACGGAAAAUUUAUAAAAAUAUAAAUAUUUUUGGAGAAAAAGCGGGUUGGGUCACUCAAAUCCAAACUGACCUGUGUUAGCUCGUGCAAAAAUUGCGUGUUUUGACCCGUUACCAACCUUGCUUUGACCUGCGUUAAUUUGCCACGUCUAGAUUUGAGUUAAUCACAGAUGCUUGAUUGUGUGUGCUGGCAAUCGGAUACAACUGUAGCCAACUUCAGUCAUUGAACCUAGGAUGGUUAGUCGGUUUUGCGUUAUUCGGGUUCGGGUUAGUUAGGGUCGGGUUGUUCGGUUUUCGGGUUUCGAUGUAAAAUGAAAAAUUGAAGUUUUUUUUUACAAGAUAUCAUAAAAUUCAUAUUGCUACUUUAAAAAUAUCAUCAAAGUUCAAACUCUAUUUGACAAUAUGCUAUUAUAAUAUUUAAAAGUCCCAAAACUUAAUGUUUCAUAUAUAAAAGACUCCAAACCAAAACACUUCUAUAAGAAAAAAACAAUAAAUGUUCAGGUUUUUUGUCGGGUUUCGGUUUUCGGGUCGGGUUUUUCGGGGUUUUGGUAGGGAAAAAGUGACCCGAUAACCGAACCAUUUAAAGUUCGGGUUGGUCGGGUUCGGGUUUCUCGGGUUUGGGUUUUUCGGAUAUUCCUUAAUUCGGGUUCGGGUUUCUCGGGUUUGGGUUUUUCGGAUGUUCCUUAAUUCGGGUUCGGGUGGCUUUGAAUUCGGGUCGGGUUUCGGGUUUUGGAUAAAAAUGAACAGUCCUACUCUCAAGGGUAUCAUAAGGCUUCAAGCUUUAGUUCGUGGCCACUUGGUUAGGAGACAGGUUGUUGUUACUUUGAGAUGCAUGCGUGCAAUUAUUGAGUUCCAAGCGUUGACUCGUGGCCGUAUGGUCAGACUUACUAAUGGUCAACUGCUUAAAAACAGACUUCAACAACAUUUGCGGUAAUUCCCUCUUCUUUAUUAUCUUUAAUUAGUUCGAGUGCUAGCUUAAUGCCUGAUAAGCUGAAGAUUCAAGAAUUAAUGCGGAAUCAAAUGCAUCAAAUGGUGAGGAUAAAAUCAAGCUAGAGCAAGCUACCACAAAAGCACAGCUGCACAGGCUGCUUUCAGGGGCUAUUUGGUAAUAUUAUUGAGCUUGAUUUAUUUUUUUUUUCAAUGGAAUAUGCUGAAUGUUUAGGGUUUGUUUAAGUUGUUAACUUUAUGUUAUUAUUAAAAUUGGUUAGCAAUUCAUAAUACACUGAGCGAUAAUAUAACAUAGCUCUUAAGUUGCAUUGUAGGGGAUAACAUUCUCUCUAACAUCAACCUUAUCUGUUAAAUCAUAAGCAAUUUCCUGAAGUUUUUAGAUCUUAAGUUUGUGGUUCGGGGGUCUAACUAAUAAAUGGGUAUCAAGUUUCAAUAAAGUUUCUGCUUUGCAUAGUGAACACAUCCUACAGUUUUUUUGCAUGUUGUUUGACUUUUGUUAACCAUAAGACCCCGCUACCAGAAAACUCAUGGGACCCGCAAAUACCCUGCUAAAAAACAGGAUCAUGAAUCUUUUAACUCGUGUUUUGCAUGUUGCUGGACAUGUUUGGCAUCUACACGUGUCUCAUCUUUGUAUAUCUCCAUUCCACAUUUACUUUCAUUCUUUUCAUGGUUAUGCAAUAUUAUGCCUUAAAUCGUGUUUUUACAUUAUUGAGUCUGUUUAUCUUUUAUACGCUAAGUAAUUAACCAUACAUGUUCUAUAAAGAACAUUUCGGGCUCUCAAGUAGGGGUGUUCAUCGGGUUUUUUCUUCGGGUUUCGGGUUUUUCGGGUGGGGUUGUUCGGGUUUUUGUCUAGGAAAAAUUGAACCAAUAACCGACCCAUUUAAAGUUCGGGUUAGUCGAUUUUGGGUUAUUCGGGUUCGGGUUAGUUCGGGUCAGGUUGUUCGGUUUUCGGGUUUCGAUGUAAAAUGAAAAAUUUAAGUUUUUUUACAAGAUAUCAUAAAAUUCAUAUUUUGCUACUUUAAAAAUAUUAUCAAAGUUCAGAUUUUAUUUGACAAUAUGCUAUUAUAAUAUUUAAAAGUCCUAAAACUUAAUGUUUCGUAUAUUAAAGACUCCAAACCAAAACACUUCUAUAAGAAAAAAACAAUAAAUGUUCAGGUUUUUUGUUGGGUUUCGUGUUUCGGGUUUUUCGGGUCGGGUUGUUCGGGUUUUUGGUAGGGAAAAAGUGACCCGAUAACCAAACCAUUUAAAGUUCGGGUUGGUCGGGUUCGGGUUUCUCGAAUAUUCCCUAAUUCGGGUUCGGUGGCUUUGAAUUCGGGUCGGGUUUUGGAUAAAAAUGAACAGUCCUACUCUCAAGGGCAUCAUAAGGCUUCAAGCUUUAGUUCGUGGCCACUUGGUUAGGAGACAGGCUGUUGUUACUUUGAGAUGCAUGCGUGCAAUUAUUGAGUUCCAAGCGUUGACUCGUGGUCGUAUGGUCAGACUUACUAAUGGUCAACUGCUUAAAAAUAGACUUCAAGAGCAUUUGUGGUCAAAAUUGUUGUUUGUUCUGGGUCACACUUCUGAAAUAUGGAACUACAUUGGGCAUGAGUAUUUCGUUGGCUUGUCAAAAAAGGAAGAUAACUUUGCUUCAAGAAGUGUGCCAAGUUCUGGAUGCAAAGAUUGACUAGAAGGCAUUGGUCAAAGAAAAGCAAGGGAAUACUAUAUGUUGUGGCACCAUUUGGACAACGAUGGCAAACGUACUAAUAAAACCAUAAAUGUAGUUUAUAAAGAAGUAUUUAGGAAUUUGUGAUUUUCAUGUACUCACUUAUCAAUAAUUUUUUAUUUCAGUAUCAUUUUUAUACGUUUAAA